AUGGCUAAAGUGUCUGUUCCAAUUUCUCCACCAAUGGAUUCUACUGGUGAUAGAUUGAUGACUUUGGAGACUUAUGAUGGAGUUGCUUUACAAGGUUAUUCAUUCGGUGCUGAAAAACCUAUUGCAGGUGAAGUUGUUUUUCAAACUGGUAUGGUUGGUUAUCCAGAAUCUAUAACUGAUCCAUCUUAUGAAGGUCAAAUUUUAGUUAUAACUUAUCCAUUAGUUGGUAAUUAUGGUGUACCAGAUAGAGAUUUAAAAGAUGAUGAUUAUUUUCCUGCAUUACCAAAAUAUUUUGAAUCUUUUAAAAUUCAUAUUGCAGGUUUAGUUGUUGCUCAUUAUACUGAAGAAUAUUCUCAUUUUUUAGCUAAAUCAUCAUUAGGUCAAUGGUUAAAAGAACAAAAUAUUCCAGCUAUUUAUGGUGUUGAUACAAGAGCUUUAACUAAAAGAUUAAGAGAAAAAGGUUCAACUUUAGGUAGAUUAGCUUUACAAAAAUCAAAUUUUAAAUCAGAAGAAAUUUUAUCUGAUAAAUCUGGAAAUUGGCAAAAAUAUUUUGAUAUUCCUGAAUAUGAUGAUCCAAAUAUUAAAAAUUUAGUUGCUGAUGUAUCUAUAAAAAAACCAGUUUUAUAUUCACCAAAGGAAAAUAUUAAAUUAGGUAAAGAUGGAAAACCAAUUAGAAUUAUUGCAAUUGAUGUUGGUAUGAAAUAUAAUCAAAUUAGAUGUUUUGUUAGAAGAGGUGUUGAAGUAUUAGUUGUUCCAUGGGAUUAUGAUUUUACAAAUGAAAAAUAUGACGGAUUAUUUAUUUCAAAUGGUCCAGGUGAUCCAGCAGUUAUGAAUAAAACAGUUGAAGUAUUGAAAAAAGUUUUAGAAGAAGCUAAAACUCCUGUAUUUGGUAUAUGUUUAGGUCAUCAAUUAUUAGCAAGAGCUACUGGUGCUUCAACUUUGAAAUUAAAAUUUGGUAAUCGUGGUCAUAAUAUUCCUUGUACUUCAACAAUUUCAGGUAGAUGUUAUAUAACUUCACAAAAUCAUGGUUAUGCUGUUGAUACUACUACUUUAACUAAUGGUUGGAAAGAAUUAUUUGUUAAUGCAAAUGAUGGUUCAAAUGAAGGUAUUUAUCAUGAAACUUUACCAUUUUUUUCAGUACAAUUUCAUCCAGAAUCAACUCCUGGUCCAAGAGAUACUGAAUUUUUAUUUGAUGUUUUUAUUAAUUCAGUUAUUGAUCAUAAUAAAACUGGUAUUUAUAAACAAGUUGAAUUUCCAGGUGGUAAAAUUGAAGAUAAUUUAAAACUUCAUCCAAAAGAAGAUGUUAAAAAAGUUUUGGUUUUAGGUUCUGGUGGUUUAUCUAUUGGCCAAGCUGGUGAAUUUGAUUAUUCUGGUUCUCAAGCUAUAAAAGCUUUAAAAGAAGAAGGAAUUUAUACUGUUUUAAUUAAUCCAAAUAUUGCAACUAUUCAAACUUCAAAGGGAUUAGCUGAUAAAGUUUAUUUUUUACCUGUAAAUCCAGAAUUUGUUAGAAAAGUUAUUAAACAUGAACGUCCAGAUGGUAUUUAUUGUACUUUUGGUGGUCAAACAGCUUUAAGUGUUGGUAUUGCUUUAAAAGAUGAAUUUGAAUCAUUAGGUGUUAAAGUUUUAGGUACUCCAAUUGAUACAGUUAUAACUACUGAAGAUAGAGAAUUAUUUGCUAGUGCAAUGUCUGAAAUUGGUGAAAAAUGUGCAAGAUCAGAAGCUUGUAGUAAUGUUAAAGAAGCUAUUGAUGCUGCAAAUGCUAUAGGAUAUCCAUUAAUUGUUAGAGCAGCCUUUGCAUUAGGUGGUUUAGGUUCUGGAUUUGCUGAUAAUGAAGAAGAAUUAGUUGCAUUAUGUAAUAAAGCAUUUGCAACAUCACCUCAAGUUUUAGUUGAAAGAUCAAUGAAAGGUUGGAAAGAAGUUGAAUAUGAAGUUGUUAGAGAUGCAUUUGAUAAUUGUAUUACUGUUUGUAAUAUGGAAAAUUUUGAUCCUUUAGGUAUUCAUACUGGAGAUUCUAUUGUUGUUGCACCAUCGCAAACUUUAUCAGAUGAAGAUUAUAAUAUGUUAAGAACUACUGCAGUUAAUGUUAUUAGACAUUUAGGAGUUGUUGGUGAAUGUAAUAUUCAAUAUGCUUUAAAUCCUUUUUCAAAAGAAUAUUGUAUUAUUGAAGUCAAUGCAAGAUUAUCACGUUCUUCUGCUUUAGCUUCAAAAGCAACUGGUUAUCCAUUAGCUUAUACAGCAGCAAAAUUAGGUUUAAAUAUUCCAUUAAAUAAAGUUCAAAAUAAUGUAACUAAAUCAACUUGUGCAUGUUUUGAACCAUCAUUAGAUUAUGUUGUUGUUAAAAUUCCAAGAUGGGAUUUAAAAAAAUUCACAAGAGUUUCAUCAUUAUUAUCAUCAUCAAUGAAAUCAGUUGGUGAAGUUAUGUCAAUUGGUAGAACAUUUGAAGAAGCUAUUCAAAAAGCAAUUAGAUCAACAGAUUAUCAUAAUUUAGGAUUUAAUAAAACUGCUGCAUUAAUGUCUAUUGAUAUAGAUCAAGAAUUACAAACUCCAUCUGAUCAACGUUUAUUUGCUAUUGCUAAUGCAUUAUCUGAUGGUUAUUCAGUUGAUAAAGUUUGGAAAUUAACAAAUAUUGAUAAAUGGUUUUUAAAUAAAUUAGAUGGAUUAAUUAAAUUUGGUGAUAAAAUUACAAGUUAUGGUAAAAAAGAAAAUUUACCUGUAUCAAUAAUUAGACAAGCAAAACAAUUAGGUUUUGAAGAUAGACAAAUUGCUAAAUUUGUUGACAGUAAUGAAGUUGCAAUUAGAAGAUUAAGAAAAGAUGCUGGUAUUAUUCCAUUUGUUAAACAAAUUGAUACUGUUGCAGCAGAAUUCCCAGCUUUUACAAAUUAUUUAUAUGUUACUUAUAAUGCUGAUUCUUCUGAUGUUUCAUUUGAUGAUAAUGGUGUAAUUGUUUUAGGUUCAGGUGUUUAUAGAAUUGGUUCAUCAGUUGAAUUUGAUUGGUGUGCUGUUAGAGCAAUUAGAACAUUACGUGAAAAUAAAAUUAAAACAGUUAUGAUUAAUUAUAAUCCAGAGACUGUUUCAACUGAUUAUGAUGAAGCUGAUAGAUUAUAUUUUGAAACUAUUAAUUUAGAAAGAGUUUUAGAUAUUUAUGAUUUAGAACAAUCAGCAGGUGUUAUUAUUUCAAUGGGUGGUCAAACUUCAAAUAAUAUUGCAUUACCAUUAUAUAGACAAAAUGUAAAAAUUUUAGGUACUUCACCAGAAAUGAUUGAUUCAGCUGAAAAUAGAUAUAAAUUUUCAAGAAUGUUAGAUAAAAUUGGUGUUGAUCAACCUGCAUGGAAAGAAUUAACUUCAAUUGAUGAAGCUGAAGAAUUUGCUGAAAAAGUUGGUUAUCCUGUAUUAGUACGUCCAUCAUAUGUUUUAUCUGGUGCUGCUAUGAAUACUGUAUAUUCAAAAGAUGAUUUAGCUUCAUAUUUAACUCAAGCUGUUGAUGUUUCACCUGAUUAUCCAGUUGUUAUUACUAAAUAUAUUGAAAAUGCUAAAGAAAUUGAAAUGGAUGCAGUUGCAAAAGAUGGUAAAAUGAUUAUGCAUGUUGUUUCUGAACAUGUUGAAAAUGCAGGUGUUCAUUCAGGUGAUGCUACUUUAAUUGUUCCACCACAAGAUUUAGAUCCAGAAACUGUUAGAAGAAUUGUUGAAGCUACUGCUAAAAUUGGUAAAGCUUUAGAUAUUACUGGUCCUUAUAAUAUUCAAUUUAUUGCAAAACAUAAUGAUAUUAAAGUUAUUGAAUGUAAUGUUAGAGCUUCAAGAUCUUGUCCAUUUGUUUCAAAAGUCGUUGGAGUUGAUUUAGUUGAAUUAGCUACAAAAGCUAUAAUGGAUUUACCAAUUAUACCAUAUCCAGGUGAAAGAUUACCAGAUGAUUAUUGUGCAGUUAAAGUUCCUCAAUUUUCAUUUUCAAGAUUAGCUGGUGCUGAUCCUGUUUUAGGUGUUGAAAUGGCUUCAACUGGUGAAGUUGCAACUUUUGGUAAAAAUAAAUAUGAAGCUUAUUUGAAAUCAUUAUUAUCAACUGGUUUCAAAUUACCUAAAAAAAAUAUUUUAUUUUCAAUUGGUUCAUAUAAAGAAAAACAAGAAUUAUUACCAAGUAUUGCUAAAUUAAGUGAAUUAGGUUAUAAAAUUUUUGCUACUGCAGGUACUGCUGAUUUUAUUAAAGAACAUGAUAUUCCAGUUCAUUAUUUAGAAGUAUUAAGUAAAGAAGAAGAUCAAAAAUCAGAAUAUUCAUUAACUCAACAUUUAGCAAACAAUUUAAUAGAUUUAUAUGUCAAUUUACCAUCAUCAAAUAGAUUCCGUCGUCCAGCUUCAUAUAUGUCAAAAGGUUAUGAAUCUCGUCGUAUGGCUGUUGAUUAUGCAAUUCCUUUAGUUACAAAUGUUAAAAAUGCUAAAUUAUUAGUUGAAGCUAUUGCAAGAAAUAUUUCAUUAGAAGUUUCAAAUAGAGAUGCUCAAACUUCUCAUGGUACUUCAAUUGUUCCAGGUUUAAUAAAUAUUACAUCAUUUGCUACUUCAUUAAAUGAUUUUGAAAAAACUACUAAGGAAUCAUUAGCUUCUGGUUUCACAUUUAAUGCAUUUUUACCACAUACACAACAUGGAGUUGCAGUAACUGAUUACAGAUCAUUAAUUGAUACCAUUGAUCAAGCUGGUGCUGUUGCUUUCACUGAUUAUUCAGUUUCAAUUGCUGCUACUGAAACCAAUUCACAAAGUGUUGCUGAUUCAGCUGAAAAUGCUGGUGCUUUAUUUAUUCCAUUCAAUGAUAUUGAUGGUUCUAAAAUUUCUAUAGUUAGUGCACAAUUUGCAGCUUGGCCAACAAAUAAACCAAUUAUAACAGAUGCCAAAACUACUGAUUUAGCUUCAAUUUUAUUACUAGCUUCAUUAUAUAAUAGAUCAAUUCAUAUAACAGGAGUAUCGUCAAAAGAAGAUUUAGAUUUAAUACUUAUGGCAAAAAACAAGUCAUUAAAUGUUACUUUAGAUGUUUCAGUAUUAUCAUUAUUUAUUUCAAAAGAUGAAUUAAAUUAUCCAUUUAUACCAAGUAAAAAUGAUCAAGAUUAUUUAUGGCAAAAUUUAAAAGAUAUUGAUUGUUUUUCAAUUGGUGUUUUACCAUAUUUAAUUGCUAAAGCUACUAAAGAACCAAUUACACCAGGUUUGGGAGUUAGUGAAACUAUUCCUUUAUUAUUAUCAGCUGUUAAAAAGGGUAAAUUAACAUUAGAUGAUAUUGUUGAUAAAUUACAUGAUAAACCUUCAAAAAUUUUCAAUAUUCCAAAACAAGAUGCACAAGUUGUUAUUGAUUUAGAUAGAUUUUCAGAAGUUAAACCAGUUUUCCCAGAUUUCAAUAAAUUAAAAUUAAGAGGAGCUAUUGAAAGAGUUUCAUUCCAUGGUGAAACAGUUGUAUUAGAUGGUUCAGUAUUAGCUGAUUCUGCAUUAGGUAAAAAUGAAGUUACUUCAAGAUCAAGAUUUAAUUCAAUUACAUCAGUACCUCAAUCUCCAAUCUUAGGAAAUCAAAAAAGAGUAUCAUUUUCAAAUUUACGUCGUCCAUCAUUUGUUAAAGAUCAAAAUGAACCACAACCUGCAGAAUUUGAAAAAUUAGGUUCAGAAUUAGUAUCACAACCUGUUGCUGGUUCAUUAGGAGAAAUUGCUGCAUUAAGUGAUUAUAUUAGAAAAAAUAAUACAUUUUUAAGAAACAAUAUUUUAUCAGUUAAAGAUAUUACAAGAUCAGAUUUACAUUCAUUAUUUACAGUUGCUCAAGAAAUGAGAUUAGCAGUUGAAAGACAAGGAGUUUUAGAUAUUUUAAAAGGUAGAGUUUUAGCAACAAUGUUUUAUGAACCAUCAACAAGAACUUCUGCUUCAUUUGAUGCUGCUAUGCAAAGAUUAGGUGGUAGAGUUGUUGCAAUUGAUUCUCAUUCUUCAUCAAUUAAAAAAGGUGAAACAUUACAAGAUACAAUUAGAACUUUAUCAUGUUAUGCUGAUGCAGUUGUUUUAAGACAUCCAAAAGAAGAAAGUGCUGAUAUUGCUGCUAAAUAUUCACCAGUACCAAUUAUUAAUGCUGGUAAUGGAUCAAAAGAACAUCCAACUCAAGCUUUAUUAGAUUUAUUUACAAUUAGAGAAGAAUUAGGUACUGUUAAUGGUAUAACUGUUACUUUUAUGGGUGAUUUGAAAUAUGGUAGACCAGUACACUCAUUAUGUCAUUUAUUAAAACAUUAUCAUGUUAGAGUUCAAUUAGUUGCUCCAAAAGAAUUAGAAAUUCCAAAAGAAAUUAAAGAUUUAUUAGUUAAAAAUAAUAUGUUGGUUACUGAAUCAGAAGUUUUAACUAAAGAUAUAUUAGCAAGAUCAGAUGUAUUAUAUUGUACAAGAGUUCAAGAAGAAAGAUUUGAAGAUAAAGAUCAAUAUCAUAGAUUAAAAGAUACUUAUAUUGUUGAUAAUAAAAUUUUAGGAGAUGCUAAACAACAUAUGUGUGUCAUGCAUCCAUUACCAAGAACUAACGAGAUAAGAGAAGAAGUUGAUUUUGAUCAAAGAGCUGCUUAUUUCAGACAAAUGAAACAUGGUUUAUUUAUAAGAAUGGCUCUUUUAGCUAUGGUAAUUGGUGUUGACUUUUAA